GAAGUAUCAUCGUGCGCUACACAUUGGAACAGAAUUCAGUUCCCGAUGUUGAUCGCACUUCGUUUGCACGUUCUACUCGGUGUCAGAUAGAUUCAGCAUACAAUACUGUUCUUGGGAUUGAGUCAUUUUAAUUUGACUUGCUCUUUUAUUUUUCCGGAGGUUUAUCCAAAUGUUCACAAUUGAUCGCCUCAGGCUUUCUGAGCUUUUCAUCUACUACCCGCAUCUGUGCCAGAGAGAAGGAGACGAACACAAAAAGCUACUGUACUUUUUCCCUCACAACACGUCAAUGAACGAGCGACUAAAGUCACUUGGCCUAUGUGAAGCUGUAAUGUCAUUCACUCGGUUUUUCGAUUCCGCAUGCCAAACACUACAAACCUCCUCAACCAGACGAUACUUCCACCCACUGACCAAUGACAUUUGGGCUGUUAUGAGUGUAAUGUUACCACCAAAGGCCAAACUAACCCAGGAUCACGCAUAUCACAUCGAUGGUGACUGCCACGUCAAUGAUCAAGUAUUAAGCACCGUUUUGUCAACAGCAUGUGAAACAUUCGAGCUAUUCAAUGGGAAGAUACCAGCUCUUCUUGACACAGAAGGUUUGGACAUUUUGAAACAACGCUUGGAUCACUUUUUCUCAAGGUAUCUCCGAACCAUGCUGUUCGAGCAUUGUGAUUUGUUGGAUUGUUUCAAUGGGAUCCAGUUUACAGCUACUGAUCCGGCCGAUUUCGCUCGAGUUCAGGGUCUUGUAAACCGCAUCAGAUAUGCAUUUCGUUCCAUUCGGCACGUCAGUUUCUUCUACGAUGGUCGUUUGGUUCAGUCUACACUGGAGUUGAGCUACGCUCGUCACCUGUACCACUAUUUAAAUUCGUUCCUUUUCGUGGAGCAACCGGAUUUAACCCACACGGCAGCAGCCGUAAAAACUAAGCAUUUGGGAAGGUUCCUAGUCGGACCGAAAACCCUGUCGGAUACUGCCGAAUCUGUCCAGUGUCCAGUCUUGUGUUCCCCUUGCUCAAAUCUACCAGACUGCCAGCUGGUCACCUAUCAAGCCCUGAGAGCCGUGCUCUGCCUCGUCGUUCGUGGCAUCAAUCCAAUACCAAUGGAUUUCUUUGUUCGGUUCGACGCAAUGGUCGGCCCACGUUUGACAAUUUUGGCGGAUAAGCUGGCAGGCCACCAGUCGAGCUCGCUCGUCGGCGGUAGUGUAUUUCCAUUACAAUUUACGGAGGAUAGUCUUUUCACGAGUGCCGUCACGCUAUCUGCACUCGGUGGCUCCAGUACCCCAGAUGAUGGUCCUUCCCUUGCCACGGAGGAUUUCUGUGAGCAGGAUUUGUCUUCAGUCCCCAAGCUGGGCAGGUCACGUUUUAUCUACUGGAAUGCCUCCACUUAUGCCGUCAUGACGACCCUACAUGUAUACACGGGUUCUGGUCGCCGGCAGAUAAACGGAGCUAAACCACUGCUGGACUUAAUGGUGAACCUGCGCAACGAGCUGUUGCUGAGGCCGUCAUCUUGGCAUGAAGAGAUCACUGUUCGGCUCGAUCCGUGCGUUUGGCUGGUUGCUCGGCGUUCAAAUGGUCGAGAAAUUUACAUGCUCUUCAUGAGGAAGCAGGAAAGUCUCAUCAAGUUAGAUGCUGCCAUGCUACCCAAAGAAAGUACGAGGACUGAGAUACCGCCAGAUUGCUCAGGCCUAGACAGGGCAAGUCGAGAUGCAGAGAUCGGAUUCGAACCACGGACCUUCCUGUCACCUUUCUUUGAUUUCCUCGGCUGCUGCCAACGUCUGACCUACUUCCCCGACGACGAGUUUAAUCUAUCAGCUCCUAGAGAACCACUACCUGAAGUCAAGCUUGAUCUUUCAAGUGCAGGCCCAACAGUGGUCCUGCUUAAAAAUUGUCUGCGCAUUUGUGGCCAUGGAUGUGCACGGUCUGUAGUUCCAAUUCUGCAGGACAAAGCUUAUUUCGAAGUGAAGAUACAAUGUACUGGACGCUGGGCGGUUGGUUUGUGUAGCUCCAAGACCCAAUUAUCAUCAGUCGAGAACCUGGGUAUCGACAAAGCGAGCUGGGUUGUUCGCGAAGAUUCCUGUGUCUGGUAUUCAGGUGUUAAACUGGCGCGCCUCCAAACCCCUUUAGAAGAGGGUAACGUUCUCGGACUGACGUACGAUCACGUGGAAUUACGGUUCUACGUGAAUGGAGCUGCUACCGGUUUGAUCAAUGAGCAGUCGGCGCAGUCGAUGGAAGGGUGGACUGGAAUGAAAGGUAUUUUGUAUCCUGUCGUCGGUGUCGCUGAAAACGCUGUUUUGGACGUUGGGUUCAACCGAAGACACUUUUAUUUCCCCCCUCCGCAACCCGACUUUAAGGAGAUUCAGUUUGAAAAAGAGUUAUUAUGAUUGUAACUUCAAGUUAUGCGCUCUUCCAGCGAGUGCUGGUGGCUCAACCCGCUCAACAGCUGGGUGUUUCAGACACCCAACUACCUCCUGGUACUAUUUAUGAAGUUUGUUUUCUUUUAUCGGUUUUCAUCUAUGACUUAUCCGUUGGUCUCACAUUUUGUCGUUUUUAACACCUUUUCGAUUGGAUAGUUUGCAUCCCAAGCCUUGCAUCUGUGUUAUAAUAUCCUCAAUCAGCUGUUUGCCUACUUUCCGCCUUACUUUUCCACAUCAUCCAAAACUGUCGAG